UAGCUAAAGCUGUGCUCUGAUUGGCUGAUGUAUUGUAUGCGCUUCCUUCAGGCCGUGCUACAGUCACAUGACCCUGCCUGGUAACCAUGGAGAUGGAGGCAGAUACGAGUAUCUCCCGAACACUCCACGGGACCUCGAGGACACGCGAACGGUUCCACGUCAUGAUCCCGAGUUCUCUCCUAAAGUUGCUCAGAAACAGAACUGUCUCCUCUCCUGCUGCAGCUCCAACAUGGAGGAACCCAGCAGCUUCCAGAGCCAGACGGAGGACGAGGACUACAUGUUGGAGAAGACGGUCGGAUAUCUCCCCCUCCAUCAUGAGCUGGACAGCGGCCUCGGCUGGACGGACGGCAGCUUCCACCAGGGGGAGCUCUCAGGGGUGGAGACGGAGGAAGGGUUAGACGAGUGCCAUGCCCACCAGGGAGGUCGAGGAGCACGAGUGCGAGGAGGAUCGCCUUCGUCCGAGUCGUUCAUUUCGUCAGAGCUAAGUGACUCAGGGUUCUACAGCGUGAGCACGGCCGAGUUCCUGCGCUUUCAGCGUCUGCUGGAGAAACGCAUGCGGGUGUAUAACUCACGCCUCCACCACCAGGGGGAGCUGCAGAGCCUGUGCAUGGACGCACAGAAAGCACACCGUGAACUGGAGGCCAUUCCUGAAGCGCUUGCCAUGCAGCCGGACAGUGAGGGUGUGGAGAUGGACGCUCAACCACCGCAGAUGGUCCGGGUCGCAUCUGUGCAGCUGCGCAAAAGCGAGCGUCCGUGUCUGAACCGCCAUAGCACGAGCAGCGCCGCCAUUUUCUCCACCUGCAGUUCUCCCAGUGGCCAGCAGAGGGGAGCGACGCCACAUGCCUCUGCAGGGAUGCUGAGGAGGAGCAGGACGCUUCAUCACCGCCCGGUGCAUGUGGAACAGCGUAGGAGGGCGAGUCACCCGGCGUCACCUAACCACUGCAGCGUGACGCUAAACCGCUACGCACACGCGCUACAGCAACAGCUAACUGAGGAGACUGAAACAGACGUGCUGCUGUACAUCAUGCUAACAACUUCAUACAUCCUACGCAACAUGCUAAUCUCCCUCCACACCCCUUUCAUGCCACUAUUCCCACCCAACACACACACCACACCCACAGUACACUCACCUCACAUGCUCCACACCAUGACCAUGCCCACACUACGCUCCCCACCCAACACAAACCCCACGCCAAUGAUACACAUGCAUUACACGCCACACACCAUGGCCAUGCCCACGCUACGCUCCCCGAGCAACACACACAUCACGCCCAUGGUACACCUGCAUCACACGCCACACACCACGGUCACGCUACGCUCCCCGAGCAACACACACACCAUGCCCACGGUACACCUGCAUCACAUGGUGCACACCACGGCCACACCCACGCUACACUCCCCGCCCAAGACACACACCAUGCCCAUGGUAUACUCCCAACACACGCCCUGCCCCACAACCAUGCUACACUCCCCGCCCAACAUACACAUCACAUGGCACGGAUGCGCCCCAAACAUGCUAUGA